AUGGCGACUCCGCAAGCGAAGCGCCGCCGGCUGAACGAAGCCACGAAAACGCUGCAGAAGCCUUUCAAAUCGCCCUUCCGGACGCCGUUGAAGCCUGGUGCAGGAGACGGCCCGCCGUCCUCAGAUCUGCCUGACGUACAAACUCCUGUCCGGAAAACUUCAGGAACCAACACCAAUGCUGCCAAAGAUGCCACAGUUAAAAGCAAUAAUGUACAGCAAUCGACCACUUAUGGGUCUCCUACAAUGCCUCCUUCGACGCUGGCAACCUCCAAGGUCAACCCGCGCCUUUCGAAACCGCUUGUCUCACGUCCGAAUACAUCUACAUCUUCACGAGUCGCGUCGAUGAAGACACCAUCGAAACCCUCAGUCGCACGCGAGAUCAUGCAACUCCGCAAUGAGAUCCAGAUGCUUACACAAGCUCAGACCCUCGCUACGUCUACAAAAGACGACGACUUGGUUGUGCUAGUAGAUAAAUGGCGCACAGCAAGUCGUGCAGCUGCUGAAGAAUUGUUUGGUAGUACUCGAGACAGGGUCAACAGGAUGGGCGGGGUAGGCGCGUGGAAGGAACGUGAGAAGGAAUCGAAGCAGCGGCAGAUGCAAUGGGAUAAGGAAGAGAUGGAGGCAGAGCGAGAGAAGAUGGAAGAGGCUAAAGAGAGCGGAAACGUUUCGGAAGAAGCGUAUGAUCGGUAUGCCGAGUUGGAUUCGGAGCGAGAGAAAGCAGAGGAGGAGAAGGAGACGUUCAAGGAAGCAGACGACGAUUCAUUUACGAUGGACAUGAUGCUCAAGACGCUCAACAUUGACCUCAAGCUCAUCGGUUAUAACAAGGAAGCGCAAAGGUGGGAUGGAAGAUAG